GUCUCAGCAGUCGUGAUUCGCCGAAAAGAUCGCAGCGGCGGGGGUUGCGAUUGGCUGGAGUUGGCGCGAACCCGUCUCGCGCGGCAUUGCUGUUCUGAGGCGAAUAGUAAAAAGGGGGGGGGGAGAAGGAGGAUUCUGUCGACGACGACUGAGGGAACAAUAGAGGAGUGCUGAGCAGCUCGGCGCAAGGUGUUGAGCGAAGGGCGGGCCGGGUCCUCAGGUGAAGUAGGAAGCCGCGACGUCCCUGGCGCCCCCUAAAAGAGUCGGAAUCAUGGCGGAUAAAGAAGCUGCCUUUGAUGAUGCAGUGGAGGAGCGAGUAAUCAAUGAAGAAUAUAAAAUCUGGAAAAAGAACACUCCAUUCCUCUAUGAUCUUGUUAUGACACAUGCUUUGGAGUGGCCCAGCUUGACUGCUCAAUGGCUUCCUGAUGUAACCAGACCUGAAGGCAAAGACUUCAGUAUUCACCGGCUAGUUCUUGGGACCCACACCUCUGAUGAACAAAACCACCUUGUGAUAGCCAGCGUGCAGCUCCCUAAUGAUGAUGCACAGUUUGAUGCUUCACACUAUGAUAGUGAGAAAGGAGAGUUUGGAGGCUUUGGCUCUGUUAGUGGGAAAAUCGAAAUUGAAAUAAAGAUCAACCAUGAAGGAGAAGUAAAUAGAGCACGCUACAUGCCCCAGAAUCCUUGCAUCAUUGCCACAAAGACUCCAUCCAGUGAUGUGCUUGUGUUUGAUUAUACAAAGCAUCCAUCUAAACCAGACCCUUCUGGUGAGUGUAAUCCAGAUCUACGUCUACGUGGGCAUCAAAAAGAAGGCUAUGGCUUGUCUUGGAAUCCAAACCUCAGUGGUCAUCUGCUUAGCGCAUCUGAUGAUCAUACUAUUUGCUUGUGGGACAUAAGUGCUGUCCCAAAGGAAGGGAAAGUGGUGGAUGCAAAGACCAUCUUUACAGGCCAUACAGCUGUGGUGGAAGAUGUUUCCUGGCAUUUGCUCCAUGAAUCUCUCUUUGGAUCUGUUGCUGACGAUCAGAAGCUUAUGAUCUGGGACACCCGGUCAAACAACACCUCCAAGCCAAGCCAUUCUGUGGAUGCUCAUACUGCUGAAGUGAACUGUCUGUCCUUCAAUCCAUAUAGCGAGUUCAUCCUGGCCACAGGAUCAGCUGAUAAGACUGUUGCAUUGUGGGAUCUGAGAAAUCUGAAACUGAAGUUGCACUCUUUUGAGUCGCACAAAGAUGAAAUAUUUCAGGUUCAGUGGUCACCACAUAAUGAAACCAUUUUGGCCUCCAGUGGUACUGAUCGGAGACUGAAUGUCUGGGAUUUAAGCAAAAUUGGGGAAGAGCAGUCUCCUGAAGAUGCCGAAGAUGGGCCACCUGAGCUAUUGUUUAUUCAUGGUGGUCACACUGCAAAGAUAUCUGACUUCUCCUGGAAUCCCAAUGAACCCUGGGUAAUUUGUUCUGUAUCAGAAGACAAUAUCAUGCAAGUCUGGCAGAUGGCAGAGAACAUAUAUAAUGAUGAAGAUCCUGAAGGAAGCGUGGAUCCAGAAGGGCAAGGGUCUUAAAUACUUGACCCUUUUCCAACCUUGCUAUUUGUUUCCUCCUGUUAUCCUCUCCCUGUCCUGUUCUCCCAAGUUUCCUGAGAUUGUCAACUCUGCUGUUUUGUGAGAGACAAACACACACACUGUGCAUUCAACAGCUCAUCUGUAGAUACUCUCCAUCAGCCUUGCUUUUAACUCAGAAAGUGAACUGUUGCUGUUGAAAGUUGAGCCUGACGUGAGCAAACAUCACACAGUGGCUUCUUAGUUGACCAUUUUUUCUCCUAAAAACUUGUUGAUUGAGAGCUGAUAUAUACAGCCUGCUAACAAGACAUUUUAAUACAAACUAUGCCUGAAUUGUUGCAGCACAAAUGUUGGUAAGAUCUGAACGUUUCUACUGAAGGGAAUUUAAGAGUAGAGGUUUCUUUUUAAUUUUAUUAUUUUUAUUGGGCCCUCCUGAUAAGAGAAUAUGUGCAGAGUUUCCGCUCUAGUCUUGUUUCAGAUGCAGAUAAAUCCAGUGCAAGGUCACCUAUUCUUGUCCUUUUUUUAGAGUGUCUGUCCAGAAGCCUGGGUUUUCUCCAUAUUUUGGUCCUUCCAUUCUUUUCUGACGGGGCAACUUAGGAUGUGGAUAUGAAUAUGGUAGUCACCUGUAACUGCACAUUACUUUGCCCUCUUGUGUGUUUCUUGAACUGUUCUAUUAUCUUUACUUUCUGUGAUUUUAAAAAACAAACUGGGGGGGGACCACCAAGUUGUAAUGGUGUUUGUAUUCAGCUGAGUGAUGGACCACAGAUGGCAUACCCAGAUACCUAAAAUUACACCCUGGCAGCUGGUAUACAUAAUGAAGAAUGAUAUACAUGUUGAUGAGAUCAUCUUUCCCCUUAUAUCAGUGCAUUUCCUGUGAGGGUAGGGUAAACUGUUCCACCAGCAGCCCAUUUAACUCCAUGAACCAUACGUGUGCUUCAGAUUAAAUAAAUUUGGUUUUCUAUG